AUGGUUGUUAACACUGAUAGUACAAUCUCAUCUAGCACAAGAGCCAAUCCUCUAGACACUCUAGUUGCUGACCGAGCUGCUCUAAUUCAGCUGGAAAAUGAAGUUGGUAAUUCAGCUCCACCUCCUCAGACACCAUCAGCACCCCUUACCUCAGCUUUUGCUCAUUCAGGUAAUCGGGCCUCAGCUCACCAUGCCUCAGCUACAGAUAAUACAGAAUAUUCAUGGAUAAUAGAUUUUGGUGCAUCUAACUAUAUGACUGGCUUGCCGUCACUAUUUACUGCCUAUCACUUAUUUUCAAGCAGAGACAAAGUGUCCAUUGUUGAUGGCUCCCUCGUUCCUAUUUCUGGCAAGGGAGACAUCAAGUUGUCUAAUGCUAUUUCCUUAUCUUUGGUUUUGCAUGUUCUUAAGCUUAGUACUAACUUGCUUUCAGCGAUAUUUCAGCGGUAUCCUCGGCCUGAGAAGGAAUAUCAAUCAUUUUCUCUUAUAUACAGUGACAGAUCAUUGGAUUUGAUAUGCAAAGAUAAGGAUGAGGCUGAGGUAUGGUUUGUUGCUCUCAAGGCAUUGAUUUCACAUGGUAACUACCGCAAGUGUAGAAAUGAACCAAAGAAUGAUAGAAUCUCAUCAGAUAGUCCCCGUGGCAUUACUCAAAGAACCUCUCCCUUUGCUUCAGAUCCCGGAGACACCCAACGAAUUCAGGUUCCUUAUGAGAGUCCUCCACAAAAUGCUUUGGGAAAGGCAUUCUCUGAUGUGAUAUCAUACACUGCAGCUGCUAAGAGUUCUAGUCAGUCAGAAUCAAUUGCUACUACUCUCGGCUCAUUUUCAUCUUCUACUGCAGAUAAUUCAAAUGGCCGAUCGUCUGCAGUUGAUAAUUUCAGAGUUAGUUUAUCUAGUGCAGUAAGCUCAUCAAGCCAGGGAUCAUAUCACGAAGAUUUUUGUGCAUUUGGUGAUGUUUUUAUCUGGGGAGAAGGCACUGGUGAAGGAGUGUUGGGUGGUGGUAUGCAUAGAGUUGGAAGUUCAUCUGCAGCCAGGAUGGAUUCACUUCUUCCAAAGGCACUUGAAUCAACGGUGGUUCUUAAUGUCCACAGUAUUGCUUGUGGUGGUAGGCAUGCUGUUUUAGUCACCAAGAAAGGGGAGAUCUUUAGUUGGGGAGAAGAGUCAGGAGGUAGGCUUGGGCAUGGAGUGGAAGCAGAUGUUUCUCACCCAAAACUCAUCAACACUCUCAGUGGCAUGAAUAUUGAACUAGUAGCAUGUGGUGAAUAUCACACUUGUGCUGUUACACUGUCUGGAGAUCUUUAUACGUGGGGUGAUGGUACUCAUAAUUCUGGUCUCCUUGGGCAUGGAAGUGAGGCCAGUCACUGGAUCCCUAAAAAAGUAAGUUGUCAAAUGGAAGGAAUACAUGUGGCAUCAAUCUCUUGUGGACCUUGGCAUACAGCUGCUGUAACUUCAUCGGGUCAGUUGUUUACAUUUGGUGAAGGAACUUUCGGUGCUCUAGGGCAUGGGGACCGUAGCAGCACAAGCAUUCCAAGAGAAGUGGAAUCUCUUAAAGGACUGCGGACCGUGAGGGUAGCUUGCGGUGUUUGGCAUACUGCUGCUGUUGUGGAAGUUAUGGUCAAGUCCUCUAGUUCUGGUAGCUCUUCAUCUGGAAAGCUAUUCACAUGGGGAGAUGGCGAUAAAGGCCGACUUGGGCACAAAGAUUCCAGACUAUCCCCAGCACGUGUAACUGCUUUGGAUGAUCUAGACCUUUGUCGAGUGGCCUGUGGGUAUGACAUUACAAUUGCUCUUACAACCUUAGGACGAGUAUAUACCAUGGGAAGUACAGUUUAUGGGCAAUUGGGUUGUCCUGAAUCCAAUGGAAAGCAUCCCACUUGUGUUGAAGGUAAAAUCAGCAAUUGCUUUGUUGAGGAGAUAGCAUGUGGUUCUUAUCAUGUAGCAAUUUUGACUUCAAAAGGGGAGGUCUACACAUGGGGAAAGGGAGCGAAUGGCCAAUUAGGACAUGGAGAUAAUGAUGACAGAAAUACUCCUGCACUAGUUGAAGCUUUGAAAGAUAAACAAGUCAAGAGUGUUGUGUGUGGUUCAAAUUUUACUGCUAUCAUCUGUCUCAACAAAUCGGUUUCUGGUACUGAUAAUUCCGUAUGCUCUGGUUGUCAUAAUCCGUUUGGUUUCAGAAGAAAGCGUCAUAAUUGCUAUAACUGUGGGCUUGUCUUUUGCAAAGCAUGCAGCAGUAGGAAAUCUCUAAAAGCUUCAUUGGCUCCAAAUGUUAACAAGCCUUAUCGUGUGUGUGAUGAUUGCUUCAAUAAACUUAAGAAGUCAAUUGAAUCUAGAUCAAUUUCUCGACUAUUUAAGACUCGAAGUGGAUGCAUACAUCAUAGUUCCAGUGAUAUUGCAGAAAAAGAGAUGUCAAAUCCUAGAUUACGUGGACAACUUUCAAGGCUCUCCUCAGUUGAAUCAAUGAAGCAAGCUGAGAGCAGGCAGUCCAAGGGCAACAUAACAGUAGAACACAACAUUUCCCUAAACUCUGCUGUUCCCAACAGAGUUUCACUAUCCUCAUUGAAAACAUCAACCUCCUCAGUUGGAUAUUCAAAGAAUAUGUUUUCUGCUUCUGCUUCUGCUCCUGCUGUAAUAGUGGGUUCCCAUGCAACAUCUGCAUCAAUGAAGCCAAAUCCACCUCGUUCUGCAACCCCUAAACCACCUCUUCUUGGUCAUACAUCUCUUAAAGUCAUGGUUGAUGAUCUAAAACAUACAAAUGACAACCUCACCCAAGAAAUUAUUAGAUUGAAGGCACAGGUAGAAGAUCUUACCUGCAAAUCCCAACUCUUGGAAGCUGAACUAGAAAGGACAUCAAGGCAACUGAAGGAUGCCACUUCUCUAGCAGAAGAUAAAACUGCAAAAUGCAUGGCUGCAAAAGAAGUGAUUAAAUCUCUGACCACACAGUUGAAGGAUAUGACUGAAAGGGUACCUGCUGGUUCUACUACAACUAACAGAUCAAGUCCAGUUGCUGGAUACGCUCCCAUUGCUCUGAGGCUUGUUUCUACUGAUAGCCAUUCAACCAGCCCGGCUUCUUUUGAACCAGAUUCCAAUGGUUUCCCAGUGAAUCUAGUCUUGUGCAGUGAAACCAAGGCACAAAAUGAAUUGGCAGACCAGGUUGUACAAUAUGAACCAGGUGUUUACAUAACUCUUACCCCCUUGCCAGGUGGUGGCAAUGACAUCAAGCGUAUACGUUUCAGUCGGAAACAUUUUAGUGAGAAACAGGCAGAGAAAUGGUGGGCUGAAAAUAGGAUAAAGGUAUUCCAGCGGCACAACAUCCGGGGUGUGGAGAAUAUCGAGAGCUAACAUUUUGUCUGAACCACAAAGAGAAAAAUGGCAACCUGUUUAACUGACUAGUGAUAAACAUUAACCUCCCCACUCACGGUGAUUGUAAAUUAUUUUUGCACCAACUUGUGGGUUUGCCAUGCUUGAAAGGUUUCCUUGCCAGAGAUUGCAGGUAGUUUCAGAAGAAUUGAAACAUGUAAGGCGGAAAGGAAAUUAUAUGUCAAGGUAGCUGCAUAUUCUACUCCCUGCUUUGAUUUUGUGCAGUUUUUUUUUUCUUUUUCUUUCUUUUUUUUUAACGAUUCUAUUAGGUUCCAUGCAUUUAUGGCUAAAAGCUCUCAUAAUUUUCUUUC